AUGUGGUCAUCUUCAUCAUCAAGUUCUUCUGACGGCGACGACGAGAAUAUUAUCAUUCGUCGAAGAAGAAUAUUCCGUCCAAGAAUUAAUAAUAAUUUUAUGGCUGAAUAUGAAUACAACGAAUGGUUCAGAAUGAACUCAGUGAAGUUGGAGUACAUUGUCAGCAGUAUAGGGCAUCUUCUAGUUCAUCAUACAAACAGAAAUCAUGCAUUAUCCCACAUUCAACAAGUAAAUUUAUGCUUACAUUUUUUGGGAAGUGGUACUCAGUAUCACUCUAUUGGUGAUAUGCAUGGUGUAUCAAAAGCUACUGUUUGCCGUGUAGUGAGAAAUGUGACAAAAGCCAUAAAUGAGGUACUUUUUCCACAAUUGGUUCGAUUUCCAAAUGAUUUGGUAACUGUUGUUCCACAUUUCCAUAGUAUAGCUUCAAUACCCUUAGUUGUAGGUUGUGUUGAUGGGACGGUAAUUAAAAUUGACGCGCCAUCGAUAAAUGAACCGGUGUUUGUUGAUAGACAUGGAAAUCAUUCUGUUACGUGUACAGCAGUUUGUGGACCGACUAUGCAAUUUUAUUAUGUAAAUGCAAACUGGCCAGGCUCAGUACAUGAUGCUAGAGUCUUACGCAAUAUAUCAUUAUGGGCUAAAAUGGAAUCAGAUUGGAGACCAAUUGAAAAUGGGAUUAUACUUGGCGAUAGCGCAUAUCCUUUAAGAGAUUGGCUAAUACCACCUACUAUAAGAAACCCAAAUGAUGCAGCAGAACUGUCAUUUGUUCGACGUCAUAAAAAAACAAGACGAAUAAUUGAAAAUGCAUUUGGAAUUUUAAAAGGAAAGUUUCCAUGCUUAAAUUACAUGAGACUUGGACCAGAAUUGACCUGCAAUAUAUUUCAAGCAUGUACUGCCUUAUGUAAUUUAGCUAGAGAAAAUGAUGAAGAUAUUAUGUUGGAGGAAUUUGAAUUUUGA